UGUUCAAGGCGCAGUUCCACGGAGGAGACCACCAAAGAAUUCAACUCCAACGGCUGCUUCAUCCUACUGAUGUCGUUCAGCGUCGUUGCGCAGUGGGGAGGCGUGUUUAAGAGUCUGGGAGUGCUUCUUCCCGCGUUGACUGAUCAGUUUACCGACCACGUCUGGCUGACCGGAAUAGCCGUAUCGGUCAUGGUAGUAUCAGUCGACAUAGCUGCUCUGUUCAGCACACUCCUUGAAGACAAGUUCGGCAGUCGACGGAUGAUAAUUCUGAGCACGCUCAUGGUUGGUGUGGGAUUAGUGCUGGUUCCACUAGCUACGAGUAUCAUACACAUCGCUAUUAUUUUAGCCGUCGUGGUUGGCCCAGGCGUGGGGAUCGGCAUUGUUCUAAGUAAGGCUACUCUGGGACGUUCCUUCAGUAAGCGGUACAGUCUGGCCAGUGGAAUAAGCCACACGGGACAAGUGCUCUCGUUGCUUGCUUUUGCACCAAUGGUGCAGCUUUUUCUCGAUACCUAUGGCUGGAGAGGAGCCACCUUGCUUCUUGCCGGGGUUUGCUUUCAUCCAGCAGUCUGUGCUAUACUUGCCAGAGAAAAACAACCACAUUACGAGCUACCAGUAGAUCAACAUGACCAGCAGGAACCAAACAGCACCUGUAGGGUCUGCCUCAGAUCUUGUUUCACUCGUGCAUUGUCAACUCUGGAUCUCCGAAUACUUCUUCAGUUUAAUUUCUGGGUAGUUUUCAGUUGCAUGUUUGGAAUUCGUUUCGUAAAUACCGCUUGGUUCCUGUUUUACGUUUCUAAUCUUCAAUCCAAGGGUUUCUCACCCCAAGCGUCUGCUGCGAUAUGCUCGGCUUCGGGCGUCGGCUAUUUCUUCGGAUGCGUCCUGUUUGCGCCUUUUGUUGAUAGAGGCCUCGUGAAGUGUUCGACAGCAGUGAUAAUAAGCAGCCUGGCACUGAGUCUGUCGCUUGUCUUAGAUCCAUGGUUAAAGGACACACUGAGUGUGACCGUAUUGACCGUUUUAUACGGUCUGUCCUCAUCAUCGCUGUUUACCUUAUCUGAUGUGCUUACCAAGGAACUAUUAGGUAGAGACAGACUGACAAGUGCGUUCUCGUGGAUUGGAUUUCUUGGAAUGCUGGCAAACGUCCUCGUGGGAUUUUUACCAGGUUGGAUAUACGACAAGACCGGCAGCUAUGACAUGGCGUUCGUUAUCAUGGGCAUUACACCAGCAGUAGCUCUCAUUCCCCUGGUCAUUGGAAGAAUCACGAAACGGGUAUGAGAUAUGGAAAAGGCACUGUAAAUAAAUUAGUAAACACAUUCUCAAAUUGAAAAAGAAUAAAACUGCUGCAAACUGCUUACAUAUACUGACUGGAUUGACGUUAAAUAUAUUAAUGAACAAAAUGAGAGGGCGUAACAUUUCAGAUCCGAGCAUGACCUUUCUGAAAGACAAAAUUACAGUAGUUCACAAACAAACAAACAAACACAAACAAACAAACAACAAACAAACAGGGGGCCGGACGAACCGAAGGAGUGUGGCAGUAGGUAAGAAUCAAAGGGGGUGAAGGGUUGGAGUAGGGACGGUCGUGCUGUUGGGUGAUGAGGGAGAAUGAGAGUUGGAUGAAGAGCUAGUGGGUGAUACAGGGGAAGGACCAAAGAAAUGUGGCAGUGGAUGAAGUUACCGCGGAGGACAACAAAAGAGGUGAAUGGGGCGGGGGGAUGAAAAGAUUAGUCGUUCCCUUCCUGGAUGUUGAGUUUUCUGAUUUUUUUUGAAAGAAAAUCGUACAGGAUUAGAAAGCAGAAAUAAAGGCGAAGCGAAGUCUAACAUGUUAUUAUAUAUCCAAUCUAUUUCCAUCCUCGUCUUCAUGUGAGGUAAAUUAUUAAAUGGACAGUUUAUGUCUUCAUAUUGAAGGGAUCUCAUGCAGUCUUCUAAAGAAACAAAUACUAGUAAUUGCCUCUAUUUGAAAUUAAACUUCAUACCCAUUUAACUGUUUUGAUGAAGUUAAAUGUGAAUUGUUAUUUGUUUUGACCUAAACUAAUAACGAUAAUACGCAAAAAAUCAUGUGACACUGGAAAAUUUACACUGUCAUAAAUGAAAGACGAAUGUGUUUAUUAUACAGGGUGAGUAAAAUGUUGGGACCAUUGUUUUAGUUACCAGUGUUUUAGUGAAGCUCUGCUUGUAGCACUUUCAUAAUAUAGUUUAUAAAAGCCCAAUUCAUAAGCUUUGUUUUAGUACAAGAAUCACUCAAAUCACUAAGUGUUCUUUCUUCAAAACCCUUACAAAUCACAUAGGGAUGUGUGUAAAUUGUUUUCGUUUUGCUGAAAGAACGCACAAUUUU